AUGGCAAAAACAAAGGGCAAAGCGCCCUCCAUCCACUCUCGCGCCGCCCGCCGAGCCACAUCGCCCAGCAUCAACACCGACAAGUCGCUGAAGGAUGUCAAGCCACCGCCCGAGUCCGUCGACUUCCGCCCCUCCGUCCUCGGCAUCCACCAGAACGCCGGCGUCACCAAGAAGAACAAGCGCGGCCGCAAGGCCGUGAUGAGCACCAAGGCCAGGAAACGGCACGAGAGGGGCCUCGAGAGGGCCGAGGAGAUUGUCGACAGGACGUCCACCAAGGUCAACAAGAGCAAGAAGUCAGCCUCGAAUAUCGCCGAACGAAAGAAGGGCUGGGAAGACAUUAAUGCGCAGGCGGUCGAGAUCGCCGCCGCCAAGGCGGCCGGGGUGAACAAGUUCGCGGGACUGGCGGACGGUGACGACGAGGACGUCGAGGAACUCGAUGAUGAGAUGUGGGAGGCUGAGAAGAGCACAACUGUGGUAGAUGAUGCGCCACCGCCGCCGCAAGACGACGACGACGAAGAGAUUCUAUGA